CGGAAAUAUAAUUACGAGGAAUUAAACUCAAUUUCUAAAAAGGAUGCGUAGAUUGCUGGUUAGGGCUUCCAAGACUCUCGCUUUCACUCUGCAGAUUCGCGAACCAGGGGUUUUCAGUAUAUUGAGGUACAUUACAAGGAUUCAACUGGAGACCUACAGUAGUUGGUGAGGCGUUAUUUGUGUGUUGCAAGUCCAAGAUGUUUCUCCCACAAGAUUGCCACUUGCAUCUCAAUAGGUGUUGACCAUAUCAAUUACACCCGAUAAUCGUUCAAUGGCUUCAGAUAGUGAUUAUUCGGAUUCAGAUUCAGAUUUCCGGGAAAUAGAUAAUUAUAGAGAUGACUCUCCACUUAGGGAUACUGCCACUACUAUCAAUGAUAGGGUCCUUCCAUCGCAAGCAUCCUCAUCUCGUCCUAACUCCACAGAUCCUUCUUCCAAGAGUCAAAUUGUUCAGUAUGAAUCUCCAGUGAGGGACACCACCCCUCAUCUUAAUUUGAGAGGUAACAGUGGUCCUUCUCUUAAAGACCCUUCUUCUUCUAAGAGGCGAACUGCUCUUGAUGAAAUCCCAUCAAGACCACAAAAGCGACUAACUAUUGCAGAGACUGCCGGUACUUCAAGUUCAAGGAUAGACAAUAAUACUCAUUCUAUGAAGAGAGUCCUUCCUGGCUUUCAGUCUUCUACCUCUAACCCACACAAUCUAAUAGAAAAUGUAAGUGCCAGUGAAAUUCGCGAAACACAUGGGAAAUCAAUGUGGUCAAAUCCUUCUAAUGGAAGUAGAAUAUUACCUCCGGCUAUGAUGCCUGGAAAACAUUCUUCAACCACCUCAUUGGUUGCUUUAAAUGAUCCUUUCUAUCAAACCGGGGUAGGCGAAGAGAGGCCUGUAGGACCUGAUGAGAGAUUGGUUUUUCAAGCUGCUGUGCAGGAUCUUCAUCAACAACAAAAAGAAGCUGAUUUGCCUGAUGGACUGUUGUCAGUUUCUCUUCUUAGGCACCAGAGAAUUGCUUUGGCAUGGAUGCUUCGUCAAGAAUCGUCUGGUUUGUGCAUAGGGGGAAUCUUAGCUGAUGAUCAGGGCCUGGGCAAGACUAUUUCAACGAUUGCCCUCAUACAAAAGCAAAAGAGGCUGGAGGCCAAAUCUAAAGCAAAGGAGUCGUCUUCUACCAAAACUGAAGCCUUUAACUUGGAUGAUGAUAAUGGAGUUAGUGGUUGUGCUGCUCUUGAUGAUGCAAUCCAGGUAAAAGUAUCUGAUGCUUUAGCAAUGCUUCCACAAUCGAGUAAUUCAACCCCCAAAAGUAGGCCAAGAGCAGGGACAUUGAUUGUUUGUCCAGCCAGCGUGGUUCGACAAUGGGCUCGGGAGCUGGAUGAGAAAGUCCCAAAAAAGGCUAAACUUCGUGUUCUAGUAUAUCAUGGAGGCAAUAGGACCAAGAAUCCUGUUACAUUGGCAAGAUAUGAUGUUGUUUUAACAACAUAUGCUAUCGUAUCAAAUGAACUUCCAAAACAACCUUUGGUUGAAGGGGAUGAUGAUGAUUUAAAGGAUGGAGUUGCAGUAUCUUCUGCAUUUUCCAUGGAGAAGAAGCAGAAAAAGUCAUCCGUUAAUAAGAAGUUCAAGAAGGGAAAAAAGGAUGAUGUGAAUGCUUUGGAUAGAAAUUGUGGCACAUUAGCAAAGGUUAUAUGGUCUAGGGUUGUUUUGGAUGAAUCCCAGACCAUAAAAAAUCACAGAACUCAAAUAGCUAGAGCCUGUUGUAGCCUUAAAGCAAAACGAAGAUGGUGCUUAUCUGGAACUCCAAUACAGAAUUCUAUAGAUGAAUUAUUCAGCUAUUUCAGAUUUUUAAAAUACGAACCAUAUGAUAAUUACAAAACCUUUGGUUCUUCUAUCAAGGGUCUUAUUUUGAGGGACUCUGUUAAAGGCUACAAGAAGCUUCAAUUUGUCUUAAGGAAUAUCAUGUUGCGCCGAACAAAAGGUGACUUAAUUGAUGGUAAGCCUAUCAUCAACCUACCUCCCAAAAAGGUACACUUAACAAGGGUGGAUUUUUCCUUGGAAGAACGGGCUUUUUAUGAGAAACUUGAGUUUGACUCACGCAAACAAUUCAAGGCUUAUGCUGCUGCUGGUACCGUCAGUCAAAAUUAUGCAAAUAUCCUAUUGAUGCUUUUGCGUCUUCGCCAAGCUUGUGAUCACCCAUUACUUGUCAAAGGGCUCAGCUCAGAUCCUGUUGGAAAGGAUUCGUCUGAGAUGGCUAAGAUUCUUCCCAGAGAACUACUAGUUAAUUUAUUGAAACCAUUGGAAGCUUCCCUGGCCAUAUGUCUUGUGUGCAAAGAUCCUCCUGAAAAUGCAGUGGUCACAAUGUGUGGGCACGUUUUCUGUUAUCAAUGUGUUUCAGAUCAGUUAACUGGUGAAGACAAUACAUGUCCUGCCCAUCAAUGUAAAGAACAACUCGGUGCCGAUGUUAUAUUUUCAAGAUCCACUCUGAGGAGAUGCCUGUGUGUUGAUGUGGAUGGUGAUAGCCCUGUUCAGUACGAACUGCGUGAUGAAUCUGCAGUUCUACAGAGAAACUACGUAUCAUCAAAGAUCAAGUCCGCUCUUGAAAUUCUCAAGUCAUGCAUAUCAAAAGGCCAGAGUUCAGAGUCGCAGGAUUUUUUCAUAUUUGACGAGGAUGUUUCUGCAUCUGAUCAUGAGUUUGAGGCAGCAAGUGUAGCACCUGAAAAGGCUAUUGUUUUUUCACAAUGGACUAGCAUGCUAGACUUAGUCGAGAUGUCACUGAAGAACAACCAUAUCAGUUAUCGGAGGCUUGAUGGUACUAUGUCAAUAGUUGCUCGAGACAAGGCCGUAAAAGAUUUCAACACUGACCCUGAGGUUGAUGUCAUGUUAAUGUCUUUAAAAGCCGGGAAUCUAGGACUCAACAUGGUUGCUGCGUGCCGUGUAAUUCUCUUGGAUCUUUGGUGGAAUCCGACAACAGAGGAUCAGGCUGUUGAUAGAGCUCACAGAAUAGGGCAGACUCGUACAGUUACUGUAUCACGGUUAACUGUCAAGGACACAGUUGAAGAUCGCAUCCUGAGUCUUCAGGAUGACAAGAGAAAGAUGGUUGCAUCGGCGUUUGGGGAAGAUCAAAGUGGUAGCCACGGUGCUCGCCUCUCAAUGGAAGACCUGAGAUUUUUGUUUGAGGGCUGAGGACGUUGAACAAGUUGUUUUUCUUUUUUUGCAAUGGGCAAUUUUUGAGGCUAUAUUGCACCCCAAUGUGUGGUGUACAUAUUAAUUCAAGUGGGAAGUUGCAAAUGGUUGUGGGGCAGAUCACAGAUGGAUGAUCCUUGACUAAAGCUAGGAUAUUAGGAUGUGUAUUUGCAGAAUUUCCUGUUGUCCCUAAUUUAAACGACCAAAUUAAGGGUUGAUUUUUUAUUUUUUA